CCCUUGGACUCCUUUUCCCUCGUCUCUUCCGAUAGGCGGUUGCGUUUGCCGCCGGCCACUGCACAUCGCCCCUCCGUUUUCUCUCCGGCACCUGCCUCCGCCAUAUUCCAAUCGUCAACUACGGCAGACCGCCAUCUAUUUCGACGGACAGCAUCGCGCAGCGAGCUUUGCCACCGGUCAUGGCAGAGAUCGAAGGGAAAAACCCUAGCAGCAUGGGUGACGAAGAGAAAAAUACGAAGCACAGGCUAAGGAGAGAGAAGAAGAAAAAGAAGCAGCAGCAGCGUGUACCGGUGUCUGACGCGGCCAGCUGUGAAGAUGUGGAAAACGGAGUUGCAGAAGCGAAGAGAGGGAAGGAUUUGGUUGAGAGUGACGGAGGAGGAGCGAGGGAAAGCGGCGAACUCAACAAGAAGAAGAGGAAAAGGAAGAGGGAGUUGAAGAGAGAUAAAUUGGAUGAGGAGGUUGGUAAUAGUAGCGGUGGGGAUGAGGCGGGAGAAGAGCAAGGAGGGGGAGGCAAGGGCAAGGAAGGGUUUAAGAGUGAGGAGAAGAAAGAGGUGAAAACGAGUAGUCCCUCUGGGAUUAUGACUACGGAGAAGUUUGAAUCGUUGCCUAUAUCGGAACUCACUCACAAUGCUAUCAAAGAGAUGGAGUUCCAGUUCUUGACUCAGAUCCAAUUCAGAGCUAUUCCACCACUUCUGGAAGGGAAGGAUGUUCUUGGGGCUGCACGGACAGGAUCGGGGAAGACCCUUGCUUUUCUGAUACCUGCUAUGGAGUUGUUGUAUCAUGCUCGUUUUACUCCCCGUGAUGGGACAGGGGUGAUUGUCAUUUGCCCAACCAGGGAGCUAGCCAUACAGACACAUGCAGUGGGAACUGACCUUCUCAAGCAUCAUUCUCAGACUCUUGGCUUGGUUAUUGGUGGGGCUUCUCGAAGAGGAGAAGCAGAGCGUAUUGUUAAGGGAGUAAAUCUUUUGGUAGCUACCCCUGGGCGACUUCUUGACCACCUACAGAACACCAAGGGCUUCAUAUAUAAAAAUCUGAAGUGCCUCGUGAUUGAUGAAGCUGACAGGAUUCUGGAAGCAAACUUUGAAGAAGAAAUGAAGCAAAUCAUUAAGAUUUUGCCGAAGAAGAGGCAAACAGCUCUUUUCUCAGCUACCCAGACUAGAAAGGUUGAGGAUCUUGCUCGUUUGUCCUUUCAGACAACUCCUAUAUAUAUUAACGUAGAUGAUGGUCGAAAUAAGGUCACUAAUGAUGGGCUGCAACAAGGCUACUGUAUUGUGCCAAGUGCGAAGAGAUUUAUUAUUCUCUAUACCUUCUUGAAAAAGAAUCUCUCAAAGAAAGUGAUGGUUUUUUUUUCCUCUUGCAAUUCUGUAAAAUUUCAUUCCGAACUUCUUAGAUAUAUUUCUAUCGAUUGCUUUGAUAUCCAUGGAAAGCAAAAGCAGCAAAAGCGCACAGCCACGUUUCUUGAGUUUUGCAAAGCAGAGAAAGGCAUCUUGUUAUGCACUGAUGUUGCUGCUCGUGGCCUUGAUAUUCCUGCAGUGGAUUGGAUUUUGCAAUAUGAUCCCCCGGAUGAUCCCAAGGAAUAUAUCCACAGAGUUGGUCGUACAGCCCGUGGGGAAGGAGCAAAGGGAAAUGCCUUACUUUUGUUGAUUCCAGAAGAAAUGCAGUUUUUGCAGUAUCUUAAGAAAGCAAAAGUUCCUGUCAAGGAGUACGAUUAUGACACGAAAAAGUUAACCAACGUACAACCAUACCUGGAAAAAAUGGUGGCCAAAAAUUAUUACUUGAACAAGUCUGCUAAAGAUGCAUACAGAUCAUACAUAUUAGCCUAUAAUUCACAUUCAAUGAAGGAUGUCUUCAACGUUCAUCGCCUAGACCUGCAGGCUGUUGCUGCUUCUUUCUGCUUCGCUAAUCCGCCAAAGAUAAAUCUGAACAUAGACAGCAGUGCUUCCAAGUUCAGGAAGAAAAUGCGCAAGGUUGAAGGCAGCCAUCAUCAUGGGUUUAGUGAGAGUAACCCCUACGGCAAACAAAGAGGCGAAGAUGAUUCGAGACAAUUUGUGAGGUAUUAGAAAAGACCGAAUCAGCCAUUAUACCUACUCCAAAUUCUUCCUUGAAAUUGUGUUGUGUACAAGUUUCCUUGAAAUUUUGUUGGCUCCAAUUUUGCAGUGAGUUUUAUAGCCAGAAGAUGCUUUCAGGCAACACAAAGCGUUUCUGUAUUUCUAUUUUUAAUUGAAUACGCUUUCUCGAUAGUCUUAUAUUGUACAAGUCAUGACUUCAAUAUUACUAUGUUUUAUCUCUCUAUAA